GUUCAAUUCUAUAGCACAAGGGGGAGCUUGUGUAUUACACGGAACCAUCCUUUCUCUCCCAUCAUGCAACGUCACUUGGCAAGUUUGAAUGGCGUAGGUUUCUCACUGAAGGUCUACUGUAGAAACCUCUCUCCUGUUAUUAUUUCUUCGUGGGGGAAGACAACAAUGCAGUCACUGUGGCUUUGGAAAUAUAAUUAAAACCAUUAAGUAGCAAAAGAUACACAUUUACUACCCGACGUCUGAAGGGACCGAAGACUGUCCCUCAGUUAACUUUCCCUAGGUGCAGGGAUGGUGCGCUGCCAUGUACCGUUUGUUUAGGAACUGAAGAUUAUGGAAGCUGGGGAUCACCAUGUUUUUGAAAUUCCCAUUGAAAGUAAUCUGUGGUUUGGCAGAACAAGAAAAAGGAAUCAUCCCUCCACCAAGGAGAAUAUGAAGGAGGUUAUAAAAUCACGAAAAGACGAAGAAACUUUAAUCUGCAAUAUAUCUCCAUUUGAAGAGACUGGAGGAAAUUCACUGAGUUUAUGUAAGGUGGUGUGCUGUAGAGGGACGAGUCGAUAUCCUGCUCAGAAGCAUUCGCCCAGAAAGAGACAACACUCUAGUAAUUUGGAUUGUGCUAUGGCAAAUAAGGAAAAUGAAGUUGCAUGUGGUGGUAACACAUCUGACAAGCUACACAAUGAAGGUUUCACUUUUCAUAUUCGUACACACAAUGCAGGCUCCUCGCAUACAGAAAUGUCAUCCAAGUACAGCGAUUUCUUUGCAGAGAUUGCGAAAGACCAUGACGUUAUGGCCCAAGUUCUUUUUGGAAGAAAUCUAAGGCUGAAUGUAGCACUGACUUUUUGGAGACGGAGGAGUGUGAAUGAACUUGUAGCAUACUUGCUAAGGAUACAAGAUAUUUCUGUCCUUGUAGACUGUCUUCCUGCACUCACCAAGAGUUUACAGGACAAGAAACCUUACAUCUCUUUAGGAUGCUGUGUUGACCUGUUACCACAAGUGAAAAAUUUACUUAAAAGCCAAUAUGAAGAGUACGUAUUAGUGGGUUUACGCUGGUUGCUAGCUGUUAUCUUGAAAUGGUGGCCAGAGCUUUCAGGAACUAAGAACAGUGUACAGCAGCAGGUUCCGCCAGAGGAUGAGAAUCUGAAGAUUCUAAAGCAGCAGUUGGGAGUAUUAUGGGAACAAGACAAUCACCUUACACUAAUCCCAGGAUAUACCGGUGACAUAGCAAAGAGUAUAGUUUCCUAUUUGUCACAACUCGGCUGAUGAUCUUCACCCAGUUUGAGGACGCUUUUGAAGACUUUGGCAUGUAGUUUGCAACUGCUUCAUUUCCUUCACUGAAACUUUUCCAAGUCCUUAAAGCUUCAUGUGGGGUCAUUUACAGAAAGUGAUGACCGUGGAGCAGUGUGCUUGGAAGGAGCUUUCUGAACUAUUGGUUUAAGCUAAAAAGAAAUCUCUUGCUUCACAUUGAAGUGGGAUAUUGUGCGUGAUAUGACUUUGCUCCAUGAGAUGAGAAGACUACUAAUUAAAUGCAUUGGUUCUGUGCUUCGAAUUGUGGGUAAACCACAUUGUGACAGUGCAACAAGUACCGCUGACUGUUUUCUCAGCUGCUUUCUGGGCAGCAUUGGACUCGAACUGGAACUGUGCCUUUUUUAAGUUAUAUUUACAAAAAAGAACACUCUACAUAAGGCUACCUGAGCAUGCUGACACAAUCUUCAGAAUUUUUCAGUGGUUUAAUCAAGACAUUAAAGAUUUUAAAUGUUUGUAAAUA